AUGCAAAUAUAUAAUACCUUGCUCAGCGGCCUUGCUAUCCUUCCGGGAGCUCUAGCUUCCUGGCCUUUCUUGGAUCGCACCAAAGAGAUAUCGACAACCAUCUAUCACAAUGACCAGCCCAAUGUGAAAGUCGAGACCAUCUUUCAAUUUCCCAACAAUGGCUCAUGGAUUGAUAAUAUGGUUGUUCGAUCAGACGGCAAUCUUCUGUUGACGCGUCUGGACACCCCCGAAGUUUGGAAUUUCGACACCACAACCGGAAAUGCGACCCUCGCCUACUCGUUCCCCAAUGUCACCAGCUGCUUCGGAAUCAGUGAAAUUGAGGACGAUGUCUUCGCAGUUGUUGUGGGCAAUUUCUCUCCCAAGACCUUCCAGCCAGGCCCAGGCUCGUUCUCGGUUCAUAAAUUGGAUUUUACCAAGAUCGAUGCUGAGGAUAACGAGCGCGCACCGAAAUUGCCAAUGGCCUCGGAAAUCAUCGCGAUGCCAGAGGCUGAGGCCCUAAAUGGCAUGGCCACUUUCUCACAGGGGUCAAAUUUGGUUCUCAUUGCCGACAGCCCCAAGGGAGUAAUAUGGAAGGUCGAUACCAAGACAGGAGACUAUUCUGUCGCACUGGAUGAUACCACAAUGGCACCGGCGGAGGGUCAGGCUCUUCCUCUGGGUGUCAAUGCUCUGACAAUACUUGGUGACUAUGUGUACUAUACCGGUACAACACGAAUGGUAUAUUGCAGAGUCAAGGUAGACAAAGAUGUCAAACCCAUCGGAGAUUUUGAGGUCAUUGCUAGUGGAUUCCUUCCCGAUAACGUUGAGAUGACCGAGGAUGGCAUUGCGUAUAUUCCGACAGCUCCGCAGAACUCUGUUGUGCGUCUCACGCCUUCGGGGCAGAUAUCCCUCGUCACGGGUGGGCAAGUAUCUACGCAACUAGCAGGUCCAAGCUCAGCUCGAUUGAGCAAAGACCGACAAGUACUCUAUGUUGGCACCAAUGGUGGCCAAAUUGCGCCGGUUUUGGGCUCAUUCAUCGAGCCCGCAAAGAUUGUCAAGAUCUCAUUCGAAAAAUAG